AUGGUUGAUGCUUAUAGCAAUUUAAGUGAUGUUCGUGUUGGAAAUUUUCCAUGGUGUUUGAAGGUUCGUGUGAUUCGUCUUUGGGUGGUCAAAUCCAAUUUAAUUUCUGGGGAUGCAAGGAUACAUGCUACUGUCCGGAGACACUUGAUUCCUUUGUUUAAAGCUGUUAUUAUUGAAGGUGAAGUUUAUACUUUAUCUGCGUUUUCUGUUGUUGAUGCUUAUGGAUUAUGCAGGCCAACUAGGCAUCCUUAUUUUAUGGGGGUAAUGACUGGUAUAUCUUCCCAGAAUGAGUUUCUUAAAGAUGGUCAACGUGUCAAAAUGAUUGUUGUUGAGAUAUCUGAUCACAGAGGUUUCUGUCAUGUUGUUCUGUUUGGCGAAAUUGUUGAUUACUUGGUUCAGAUGAUGACCACUCUCGACGGAGGUCUACCGGUGGUUGUUAUUCAAUUUGCCAAGAUCAGAUUUUUUCGUGGUCGUGUUCUUUUACAGAAUAUUCAAAAUCUAACUAGGAUGUUGUUUAAUCCUCCAGUUGAUGAAUCUGUACUUUUAGGAAGAAGGUUAUCUAAAAUGCGAGGUGGACCUGCAAUGACUGUUCCGUUAAUUGGUCCUCCCGUUAAACCUUCGGUCGUGGGAUGA